AUGGUUUCUAUCCUGGAAGCGGUUUCCGUUUCAGGUUCGUUGUUGGUGGUUACGCAUGGUGCUGUGGUCGGUGCGAUUCACGAGAUUGUAACCGGAAAGUGGAGUUCCGUCGGUCAAGCAACUGUGUCGAAAUUCACUCGUUUCAGAAGCGAACAAGGUUUCGUCUGCGAAUAUAGCGGUGAUUCGUCACAUCUUAGUAGUUUGGUGAACCUACGAGCGUUCUGA